ACAGAAUCCUGGAAUACGAUGGUAAUUCCACUGCCCUUUGAUGUCAUAGGUGAGCCAUCCUGAGCAUUCUCUGCAGGUCUCAAGCAGGUGAUAUAAUACAAUGCCAUUGGCCCUCUCUUGCAAGGUAGGCCUCAAGCCUAGGGAGGUUGUUUGCUUCUGAGCCACAAACCCUCCCACUGUGCCCAGUCUGGGCUUCGUAUACCUGCAGCCGGAAGUAGGCUUUUGCCCACACGUGAAUUUUACAGGGUCAAGUGGACACCAAGCACGGGGGGCCAGCCACAAAUGUGCAUGAGUCAUCAGAGGUAGCAGGGAGACAGUAUGAGCCGCAACUAAGGUAAAUUAGGAAUAGUAUGUCCCUUUUGGAUAGAGCCCGUGUAGAUGUGUGUCCCUCAGGCCAGCUAAGGAUACUUGUACCUGCAACAGCCUUAUUUGUGCUGUUCGUUGCUCAACAUGUAGGUCCUUGAACCCUGCUGCCAAAGCCUUACUCCUCCCCCUCUGGAGUCUUAUCCUUGAUGUAAUUUCUCCCAUUUGCAGUUUGACUACACAAACCUCUCUUGCGUCCCCUGCCUGGCUGGUUCCUGCUGUUGCCCACAUCGCCUUGGAUGACUACAUCCCUCUAUCCUAUCAGCCAGAAGUGGUCACCUUAAAAGAGACCCUGCUGCCACAAUUCCCUUAAUUCAGGGCAAGGGAAAUUGGGGCCGUCCAGAUGUUGCCGACAUACAACUCCCAUCAGCGCUAGCCAGCACGGACUGCUAUAUCCAUCCUCCUGCCUGAUGGCCAACAGGCGUGAGGCACGUUUGACCAGAUGUGGCUGAACCUACAACAUCCACCAUCCCUGGCCACUGGCCAUGCUUACUAGGGCUGAUGGGAGUUGUAGUUUGGCAAUGUUUGGGAGGCCAAAAGUUCCCCACACCUGAUUUUGAGGGGCACAGGAUAGCUGCCCAACAUCCUUAAGGCAGGGGCAGCCGAACUGGUUCCCCCAAGAUGCAUGUUGGACUACAGUUCCCAUCCUCCAUGACCAUUGGCUCUGCUGGCUGAGGCUAAUGGGAGUUGUAGCUCAGGAACUGGUUAGCAAUUUCUACUUUAAGCAGUGCACUGAUGAGAGUGCCUUAUCUAACCACAAGAAAGAGAGAGAAGGAUAUAGUAGGCAAGGAGGGUUUGGCAAACCACCUCUGCUGAUCGGUUAACAUCCCUGUUUUAAUUCAGGAAGAAGUUCCUGGAGAGCAGCUUAAAAUAGAGGCUUUUGAGAUCUCCUUUCUAAUUAUCCUUAUUUUGGCCAUUAUCUAGUUAACAAGCUUCAGUUGCUCUGGGACAGAAUUAAUUCUCCUCAAAAUACCUUUUGCAAAAGAUCUUUCUGAAAGGCCCGGGGUGGGGGAGGGGCACGUGUUUUAACAAAGCAAAACGAAAAGGCCUCUCCUGGAGCACCUGCCGCUCUCCCUGGUUUCCAUAGAAACGCCAAACAGCCGCAUGGGAGCCUUGCGGAGGAGCUGGGCCCUCGCCGCCGGCGGGAGCGGGAGCCUCGGCUUUUCGGGGGCGAGGAAGGGACUCGGAAACUGCCCGUGGGUUGGGGGGGGGAUGCUGGUUGGGGCAGCCGGCCGUGGAGACCAAGCUGUGGGGUAGUAACUUUGUGGGUGGGGAGAGAAGAAGAGCUCCCCAUGCAAGAGGAGGAACGGGGUUCGUCUGCCGCGGCUCCCGAUGGCCUCGUUACCGCUCGGUGAGAGGAAUGCCCUUUGCACAUGCACAGAGGUGCUCUCGUCUCCGUUGCGGUGCAAGAGCGCCAACUUGGCCCCGCGACCCGUGGGUGCCCCGGGGACGUGGGUGCCAUGCAGCGUGCAGUGACCCUGUGGGUGCUCGGCACCUUCAUGGGGCAUUUUGUGGGUGCUCAGGGAGUUGGCACCUUUGUUGCGGUGCCAGGUUUUUUGGAGCUCAAAGGCCUGUUUCUUACAGGGUUUAUGUUUACCUGGGAAUGCUGUGCUUGGUUGGAGGGUGGAUAGCGAGGGGAAGCAGCUGGAGGGUAUGGGAACUGUUGGUUUAGAUUUUGGAAGGGGAAGGGUGCCCAAUAGCUUGAAUGUGUGUGUGUGUUUGUAUGUGUGUAUUGAUGUGAUCAAGCAGUGCUUCCCUGUCUAAUGACCUGAGCUGCUUUGUGCCUGGCAGUGAAGGAAAAAGCACUUUAAAAAAUGAUUUCCAAAAUGAAAAGCCCAUUUUAAGUUUGCAAAAAGAGCAGAAACGCAGUGCAGGGGCACCUUUGAGUCAGCUCAGCUGUUACUGCGCUGUCCGAACCCAAGUGAGCAUCUCUGAAAAGCUUCUGGGAAAAGGUAGGUUUAUCAACGGACUCCAACAAGAAUAAGCAGUAUUGGGUGCAGAUCCAUCCUGCCCUACUAAAAAUUUCCUCCUUGCCAUGGGCAUGGCAGGGAGGGGCAACUCCCCCCCAAUCAAUAAAAAAACAAUAAAAAUACAUAGCUAACUGAGGUUCUGCCCCCUAACAACAGGCCUGCCCCCCCCAAAAAAAAUCCUGGCUACGUCCAAUAAAAGAAAGUGGACAGCUGCCAUAGGUUGUAUGAUGCGGGUGUCUGUCUCCGGAUUAUAUUCUGUCAUAAGCUCCUAUAUGGGAUAUUGAUGUGGAGAGGAGGGCUCUCUAGUUUAGCUACAACAGUGAGCUUGUCACCUUGUCCCUGCAGGUGGCUGUGCGGUGCGCCAUGACUGACAUACCUGUUCACUGUGAGUUGCUGGACAGGCAGUGGAGCUGGCACCAAGAAUAUGCAGGUGAUUGACCACGGAGCUGCUUAUUGGGACAGCCAAGAUCCAGAUUCUCUGGGAAUGUACUGCUUUGCACAAAUAUAUUGUUUCAGCGACCAAUAUUUUGAAAGGAUUUGGAAUUCAUGUCCCUGACUUGAGGGAAUUGAAAGAGGGCAGGAUCUGAGGGGUAGAUUAACUUGUAGGGUACUAUAAAAAGCUAACUAAAGUAGUAACACCUUGCCUCUCUGUUUGUAAGCCCUGCUCACUUCCUCACCAGACUCUGGUAACCACACAUUUGCAAGGUUUCUUUUCCAGAGCUAUAUGGGCUGGGUUUCGAGAAAUGGAAGCUGAGUUUGCCAGGACGCCAAAUAUUCUUCUCAGCGCACAAUGCUUGUAUAGCAGCCUCCCAGAAAUACAUGGGAUAUGUAUUCAGUUCAGUUUUGAAGAGGCUGUCAUGACCCAUAAAUGGUGGACAUGUUUACUCCAAAUUCUCAACUGGUUGCAGACACCACACAGUGGGCAAAGGCUACAGUGACCCCUAAAGGGUGUUUGGGGUAGGGUGGCAGUCAAAGGAAUGUAAGUGCUUUGUGGUAGUCUCUGCAGCUGCCAUGAGAGGCAAAGCUGAUGCUCUCUCACUUCACCACAAGCACACACCUCUCCUGUCCCAAAAAUAAAUCUAGUAUUAAAGAAGAGCAAGACCUAGAACAAGACUGGGGAACCUCAUUAUGCCCAUUCUAUUAUGCCCUCCCUAUUUGGCUGGCCAGGCCACACCCACCUGCUCUACGACACCUGAUGUCAUAUAUGAAGUCACUUGUGAGGUAUGUAAGCUUGAGGCUUUGUCCAAAGGGUGUUUGCUGGCCUGCAAAGCCCUUUUCAAAGCAUAGGGCGAGAUAGUGCUUUGAGUGGGGCUUCUGAAAACACACUAUUUUCUGCAGCUCUUUGAACAGAGCUUCUGAAGAUCCAAUAACAAGCUGAUUGUCCUAGAAGAAACAGUGGUCACGGGAGUUGCAGAUUUGUCAGUGUUAAGAAUAAGAAUAAGAAUAAGAAUAAGAAUAUAUUAUUUAUACCCCGCCCAUCUGGCUGAGUUUCCCUAGUCACUCUGGGCAGCUCCCAACAGAAUAUUAAAAACACGAUAAAACAUCAAACAUUAAAAACUUCCCUAAACAGGGCUGCCUUCAGAUGUCUUCUAAAAGUCAGGUAGUUGUUUGUUUCCUUGACAUCUGAUGGGAGGGCAUUCCACAGGGCAGGCGCCACUACCAAGAAGGCCCUCUGCCUGGUUCCCUGUAACCUCACUCGGAGGAGGACCUCAGUGAACGAUGAGGGUGGAGACGCUUCUUCAGGUAUACAGGACUGAGGACAUUUAGGGCUUUAAAGGUCAGCACCAACACUUUGAAUUGUGUUCGGAAACAUACUGGGAGCCAAUGUAGGUCUUUCAGGACCAGUGUUAUAUGGUCUAUGCAGCCACUCCCAGUCACCAGUAUAGCUGCCGCAUUCCGUUGGACCUUUAUUGGGUCAUUUUUUGCUGCAUUUGCCUUUGGAGUAGGGCAAUCCCCUGAAAGUCUUGUGGGGCUACAUUCCUUUUGGAGUCCUAGGAUCUUUUAACAACCUCAGUGUUUCUUUUGUUCUCUUGCAGUUGGGCCCAAAGUGUAAAGCAGGAGGGGACAGUGACGCUGGAGGGGGCAGAAGAACCAGCAGAGGAGGUAAGGUAGCAGCUACUCCAAGAUUUCUGCUCCAUGCUUCCUAGGUCCAAGAGGUGCCUUCAGGGCAAAAGGCUGCCUGCAGCAGCCUUUCUCAGCCUCGUGCCCUUCUUCACACAGUGUACAAUUGAACUAUGGAACUCCCUUCCCACAGGAAGCAGUGAUGGCCACCAAGGGAUUUAAGAGAGGAUUGGGCAAAUUCAUGGAGGAUAAGGCUCCCAAUGGCUGCUGGCCAUGAUGACUUUGCUCUACCUUCAUGGUUGUUGUUGUUGUUUAGUCGUUAAGUCAUGUCCGACUCUUCAUGACCCCAUGGACCAGAGCACGCCAGGACCUCCACUGCCUCCCGCAGUUUGGUCAAACUCAUGCUGGUAGCUUCGAGAACACUGUCCAACCAUCUCGUCCUCUGUUGUCCCCUUCUCCUUGUGCCCUCCAUCUUUCCCAACAUCAGGGUCUUUUCCAGGGAGUCUUCUCUUCUCAUGAGGUGGCCAAAGUAUUGGAGCCUCAGCUUCAGGAUCUGUCCUUCCAGUGAGCACUCAGGGCUGAUUGCCUUAAGAAUGGAUCUUCUUGCAGUCCAUGGGACUCUCAAGAGUCUCCUCCAGCACCAUAAUUCAAAAGCAUCAAUUCUUCGGCGAUCAGCCUUCUUCAUGGUCCAGCUCUCACUUCCAUACAUCACUACUGGGAAAACCAUAGCUUUAACUAUACGGACCUUUGUCGGCAAGGUGAUGUCUCUGCUUUUUAAGAUGCUGUCUAGGUUAGUCCACCUUCAUGGUGGAAGGCACAGUAAUGCUUUUGAAUGCCAGUUGCUGGAAACCACAGGAGGGUAGACUGCCAAUCCAGUCAGGACUGGGGCUGGGACAUUAUCUUAAUAUUGUUUCAGGCAGCAAAAUGUUUUAGGUUAGCCUUAAAGACAAGCGAGGUUGCCCAUGCUUAGUACAUACUGACAAAUAUUGUAUCCAGUGUUGCACCAGCAGGGUUCCACUGACACAGGGGGGACUUCUGCUUCCUUUCCUCCGCCUGCAUGCCCCAAAAUCUGCUGGAGGCUCCUCCAACGCUCUGGAACUAAUUUUGAGGGUGCACCAGGGGGGCAGGGGACAAAAGAAAAAGAGGAGGCUCUAGAUCAGGGGUCAGCAACGUUUUUCAGCCAUGGGCCGGUCCUCCGUCCCUUAUACCUUGUGGGUAGCCGGACUAUAUUUUGAAAAAAAUAAUAAUGAACCAAUUCCUACGCCCCCACAAUAACCCAGAGAUGCAUUUUAAAUAAAAGCACGCAUUCUACUCAUGUAAAAACACCAGGCAGGUCCCACAAAUAACCCAGAGAUGCAUUUUAAAUAAAAGGACACAUUCUACUCAUGUAAAAACACACUGAUUCCCAGACUGUCCGCAGGCCGGACUGAGAAGGCGAUUGGGCCGCAUCCGGCCCCUGGGCCUUAGUUUGCCUACCCCUGCUCUAGAUAGCGCCAAUCAUUAAAUGGGCUUGCUUCGCAAGACGAAAAAACCGCUAGACGAAGACUCUCGCGGAACGGAUUAAUUUCGUCUUGCGAGGCACCACUGUACAGAAAUCUGUUGCACCAACAAAGCUGCAGUGUUGGAUACGGCCCUAAGUGAGAGAUCCAUUGUCUCCUGCCUCUUCCAUUCUUAAGUCACAGCAGGAACAAGUCCUGCUUCUUCAGGUGUGUUUUUCUGUAUCAUAAUAUGUCUUAGACUAGCCAUCUAGUCCCCAUAUGUGCCAUUUGAACCCUUGUUCUUCUAAAAACCAGCUGCACUGGCUCCCGGUGGAGUACAGGAUCAGGUUUAAGGUGCUGGUUUUAACCUUCAAAGCCCUAUACGGCCUGGGACCCUCCUACCUACGGGACCGCCUCUCCUGGUAUGUCCCACGGAGGACCUUACGGUCUUCAAAUAAAAACAUCUUGGAGGUCCCGGGCCACAGGGAGGUUAGGCUGGCCUCAGCCAGAGCCAGGGCUUUUUCGGCUGUGGCCCUGAUCUGGUGGAACACUCUGUCACAAGAGACUAGGGCCCUGCGGGACUUGACAUCUUUCUACAGGGCCUGCAAGACAGAGCCUUUGGCCAAGGCACAGUCUGACCCCCUCCUUCUGCAAUCCUCAUAUAACUCUAGCCCAAUGGUUGCCAUUAAUUUGACUCUGAAUUGAUUUUAGAAUGAAUUGAUUUUUAGAAUGAAUUGAUUUUAGAAUGAAUUGAUUUUAGAAUGUAUUUCAAUUAAUUGAUUGUGAUUUUAUGUAAAUUGUGUUAUUUUUACUGUUGUUAGCCACUCUGAGCUGGCUUCGGCUGGGGAGGGUGGGAUAUAAAUAAAAUAUUAUUAUUAUUAUUAAAUGUUCCUCAUCCAACUGUGCUCAGUUGGCAGAUUGAAGCCUGACGGAGAUGCCCCCUCCAACAUCGAACGUACACAACUGCACCCCACUCGCCGCCACCCAUCCACCGCUCCCAAUACCAGCAGGUAUAGACAAGAAGGUGAGUUGCCAAGAUACUGCCAGGGGUUCUGUGCCGUGGGUAGAUGUUCAUGUGAUUUGCUAUCCCCUCUAGAUUUGCUUUAUUAUUUUAUUUUGUUUAUUGAUCCUCUUUGUGUUAUUUUCCUUUCUUAUUUUUGCAGUUUCUAAGCAGUGCACAUAAUUUAUUUUGAAAAGUAUACAACGGGCAAGUUCAAUUAAAAUUAAACAUGGAAACAAAACUUCCUUAAAAUGGAUGCUGAAGUAGAAAGGUCUUUGUUACAUGCCUGACAUUCAACAGGGAGAAGGCCUGUCUCAUUUCAGCUGGGAGGGAAUUCUACGGAAUCAGGCCAACAACACCAAAUUCAUAACGCCUGAUGGAUAUGAGUUGUGCAUCCAAGCCAUGUUCCCAUCAGGCUGCUACAGAUUCUUUACCGUUGAUAGUGUGUGCUGCCUGUAAAUCCUUGCCAAAUUGGACUUCCUGGUUGACAGCUGGUACAAAGGUGGGCAAUAGAAAUUUCAAAGUAAUAGUGCCACUGUAUUCUGCUCUGGUCAGACCUCACCUGGAGUACUGUGUCCAGUUCUGGGCACCACAGUUCAAGAAGGACACUGACAAACUGGAACGUGUCCAGAGGAGGGCAACCAAAAUGGUCAAAGGCCUGGAAACGAUGCCUUAUGAGGAACGGCUAAGGGAGCUGGGCAUGUUUAGCCUGGAGAAGAGGAGGUUAAGGGGUGAUAUGAUAGCCAUGUUCCAAUAUAUCAAAGGAUGUCACAUAGAGGAGGGAGAAAGGUUGUUUUCUGCUGCUCCAGAGAAGCGGACACGGAGCAAUGGAUCCAAACUACAAGAAAGAAGAUUCCACCUAAGCAUUAGGAAGAACUUCCUGACAGUAAGAGCUGUUUGACAGUGGAAUUUGCUGCCAAGGAGUGUGGUGGAGUCUCCUUCUUUGGAGGUCUUUAAGCAGAGGCUUGACAACCAUAUGUCAGGAGUGCUCUGAUGGUGUUUCCUGCUUGGCAGGGGGUUGGACUCGAUGGCCCUUGUGGUCUCUUCCAACUCUAUGAUUCUAUGAUUCUAUAUCUAUUGCACACUGGGCAAUAGAUAGAGGACACAAUACAGUGGUACCUCGGUUUAAGAACAGUUCUGUUUACGAAUGAUUCGGUUUACGAACUCCACAAAACCGAAAGUAGUGUCCCGGUUAGAGAACUUUACUUCGGUGUAAGAAUGGAAUCCGAAAGGUGGAAGGGCACUGGUGGCGGGAGGCCUCAUUAGGGAAAGCGUGCCUUGGUUUAAGAACAGUUUUGGUUUAAGAAUGGACUUCUGGUACAGUUUAAGUUCGUAAACCGAGGUCGAACUUAAUCCAUUCCAGUGAUCUGUUCAACUCCCGGAACCAUUCAAAAACCAAGGCGCGGUUUCCGAUUGGCUGCAGGAGCUCCUGCACUCAAUCAGAAGCCGUGGAAGCCGCGUCGGACGUUCAGCUUCCCAAAAACAUUCACAAACUGGAACACUCAGUUCCAGGUUUGCGGUGUUUGGGAGCCAAUUUGUUCAGGAGCCAAGCCUUUCAACAACCAAGGUACCACUGCUUGGUGUGAGGUAGGUGCUAAGAGGUCACAAAGGUUGGAAAGCCUAGCUUUCUCGUUCCAGGAGAUGCAGCCUCUCUGAUAGAGGGACGCUCACCUCGCAGCAUCAACUUCAACUCUUCCUUCAACCCAGAGCGCCUCAAGCAAGCCAGGCAGUUUGUGGAGAGAGCCAUCAAGGUGAGUCGCCUUGGCUCACCUGGUCUCUACCUUUUUAGCCUUCACCCUGCCUGUUUUCCCCUCUUUUGUAGCCUUGGUUGGAUGGGUCAACCCAGCCCAAUGGGGAGGAUAUUACUAUUAUUAUUAUUAUUAUUAUUAUUAUUAUUAUCAUCAUCAUCAUCACUGAGGGGCGAGUCCCUGCCUCACCUCCCCGCUGCAGGGCAAAGUUGAUAAGCCUCUCCUGUUGCCCCAUAGCAAAGGAAGAUCUUCAUGGUGAACGGCCCUUACCCCGUGAUUCGGAGACGGCUGCUUGGCAGGGGCUGGGUGGAGAGAAAGUUUCCCAAGGUGGCUAAAGUAGUGAAUAAGCGAGAACGUCCGCCUGAUGGGGAGCAGGAUGAAGAUGGUGAUGACAGUGACGGGCCUGAGGACGGUAAGGCCACCAGCCUCUCGCAACUUCUCUUUUAAUUUUAUUGAACAAAAUUUGUAUACCGCCUGACUGUAUAUUUACAAAAGAGGAAACCUUCUAGGCGAUUUACAAAAAUGUAAAAUUAAACAUUGAGAUUCUCAAUUAGAACCACAUAAAAAGAGAUAUUUAAUAGAAUCGUAUCACUGUAGCGUUGGAAGGGACCUCAAGGAGCAUCUAGCCCAACCCUCUGCAAUGGUAUUUAAAAACAUUCGAAAGUUUGUUUUGAAUUUUGGGAAGAAUCUCAGAUGUACACGCACCAGAUAUGUUCAUCUGUCCUGCUCCAAAUAAACCCAUGCAUGCUAUAAAAACAGGUGCAAAGCUACUAAGAGAGAGACUUAGGUUUGACAUGGCAUGGGCACUAGCCAAUCGGUGCCCAUCACAACUGGCUUUCAUUUGUUCAGUGUGAAACACUGAAAAGCCAAGCUAUAUUUUGUCCUAGGAUUGGAAAUGUGUGUGUAUGUGUGUUGAGGGCACUAAUAGUACUUUCAAACUACCUCCACCUCUCUUAAAAUGUCACCUCUGACUUUACACUGUUUCCUAUGGGUUACUUAACCUUCUCAAAUGCAGUGAACUGUGUAAAAGUGCUACAAGGAAACACAAGAUGGUAUUACUAUGUUUUCCUAAGCAUGAGGUUUGUGUUGGCAACACAGCAAGGGGAAGCACAGCAAAAUAGCUACGUUUGUGAAGACUGAAGAAAAUAAUGUAAAACUUGCAGUAAAAAUGGACUAUAUUAGGUUAGGUGGAAAAAACGCUCUUAGAUUUCACUUGGCAUUUUUGUAACAAGAAAAAGAUGUAACUGAUGUAAAUAUUGCUCCAGGUUUUGGAAGGAAACCACUGGCAACCCAAGAUCUGUAUACAUUUGCUAAUAAAAUAGCACUCUGCACUAUUUUCCUAAUUUAGCCUCUUCAGAGUGUGCAUUCUACAACUUAAAUUUAUAAAAUUAAGUGUGAAUAAGUAUCAUUAGGUGUGUCUCUGCUAUUCUGCAUUUAACAUUUAUGUGUGUAUAUAGAUCUAUAAAAUUAAAACCCAUGCUGCCUUUCUAUCAAUGAUUUGAAGGUGGUUAUCAAUUUCAAAGUGGUUUACAAAAAUAACAAAAUAAUUAAAUAUAUGGAUGAGCACCCAUAUUUUUAUGGUCUUACCCACUGUAAUAAGCACUUUAAAUACAGUUUCAGUGUGUCCAAGAAGGAGACUGCUCCCUGGUAAUGACUGUGAGUGACCCUUGACUCCGCUGUUUUCCGUUUCCUUCACAGAUGAGGAGGAAGAAGGGGAAGAUGAUCAGGAUGAUUCCAUUGAUAGUACCUAUAGCCUGAUGGUUAGUUUGAUGUGAUGGUGAACUUACCCCUAAAUGCUUCCUUCAAGCAGCUAAACCUUUCCCUCCACAAUUCUGGUUCCUGCAAAAGCCUGUUGAGGACUGCACAAACACACAGGGCAGUUUAAAGUGGAUUUGAUGCAUGCUUUUCAUGCCUUCCGCACCACCUUGUCCUCAUCCAGGUUGCAGCCCACGGUCCCCUCACCUCCAUCUAAUUCAGAUUUCCCCAAUAUCAGUAGAUCCAUACUAAGGCAAUAGAGGCCAACCAAAUGUGACAAGGCAGUGUGCAAGCUUUCCAGGUUCUAUUGUUAAUAGCAUGCACACUAUUCUGUGACGUUUUGGUUGGCCUUAUACAGUGGUACCUCGGUUUUCGAGCAUCUCAGAAGCCGAAUGAUUCAGAACCCAGACACUGAAAACCUGGAAGUAAUUGCUUCCAUUUUCAAACACGCCUCGGAAGUCGAAUGGCUUCUGAGGCGUGUUUCUCCAUUUAUUCAAUGGAUUUUGCCAACGGCCCAUUGAUCCUCGGCUUUUGAACAUUUGAGAAGUCGAACGGUCUUCCAGAACGGGUUACAUUCAAAAUCCGAGGUUCCACUGUAUACAGUUCAAUUUCAAACACUCGUGUUGUUGUUCAUGGACAAAAACACACAUGGAAAAAUCGGAUAUGUGUGCAACAAAAGAACAGUGGCUAGAGAAACUGAUGAGCUAUGCGGAAUUGGCCAAGUUGACAUAUAAACUGUGUGACGAGGACAAUCGUGACUUCAAGGUAGAAUGGGAACCUUUUACAAAUUAUCUAAAAAGACAACAAAAUGAUCUGGACUCCUUGGCAGGCCUUGAAUAAACAUCCACAAAUUUAUUAGUUGAAUAUAUGAUAGAUAAGGCAAUGAUACGUACAAUUCUACAAUAUGUAGAGAACAAUAUGUGCAAAGAAACCAGAGAGAGGAGCUGAGGGAAGUCCUGGGGGGGAGGAAGGGAAAAAUAGUAGCUAGUGACUGGACCAAGGUGACCCAGUGAGCUAUAUGGCUUUGUAGAGAUGUGAAUCUGGGUCUCCUCAAUCCUAAUCAGACUUUCUAACCGCUGCAAUACACAUGCUGUCUGUUUGAUCAUCAUAGACCCCCUCCUUGUGUUCUUCAGCAUCACCUAGAUUUAUUCAGGAUUUGGGUUUUUUCCAUUUAUACAUCAUUUCUCAAAUAGAAAAAGGUCCUUAAGUGAAUGACAGUCAAAUGAAAACAAAAAACAAAAACAGUAAUAUGAGAAUUAUUUUAAAAAUAUUUAACAGUGCAACACCAUAUUGUGAGAUCUGCCCAAAUGCUUUGGGGGGAAAUGUCUUCACCUGGUGCCAAAAAAGAUGACGAGGUUAAUACCAGGUGGGCCUCCCUAGAGAGAACAGAAAAGACCUGUCUGGCCAUUGGCACCCUCCAGACCUCCCUUGGAGGUGGCAUGCAGAGAAGGGCUUCAGAUGAUGAUCUCAGGGUGUCAGUUUUUAGGUAUAAUGGUCCUGAACCAUAUAAGGCCAUAUAACGGUCAAAACCAGGACUUUGAAUUGGGUCUGGACCAAAAUUGGAAGCCAGUGCUGUUGGGCCACCAUCAUGCCACCUUGUUCCAGUCAAUAAUUUAGCUGCCUGUUCAUAUUUCACCUUUCCCAAGAACAGAUCUGUCACCUGCACCCAGUUCCCCCCCACCUUGUUGUUGUUGUUUGUUGUUGUUGUUUGUUGUUGUUUUAACCAGCUUCUGUGCUGUUUCACUAGGCUUCCACGUUUACUUUUCACCCUUCCUCUUUCCCUGGCAGUCAAGGUUGGUUCGCAAUCAGAUCCCCUAUUUCAUCUGGACCAACCGGCGUGAUGUCAUUGACUGCCGCCUCCUGCGCAAAGAUCAGAUGAUGAACCACUAUGCCAAGGCGGGCACCUUCACCACCAAGGUGGGCAGAGUUUUUGCUUCCUGAACGUCUGGGCCACGCUAGCAGACUGCGAAUGGCGCUUUGAGUUGGGAAAAGGAAUCUGCAGGAUCUGGGCCCAACCGGCUUGUGUAUGUGUGCUGUGGGGACUUGGGAAAUUAAGCCGCUGCAAAGGCAUCCAUCCCUUCUUUCUCAGGUAGGGCUGUGUCUGAACCUGCGAAACCUGCCAUGGUUUGAUCAGGCUGAUGCCGAUACCUUUUUCCCACGUUGUUACCGCCUUGGAGCUGAAGAUGAAAAGCAUGCCUUUAUUGGUGAGAACUGUUCACAAUGCUCUCCUUCGGUGGGGUGGGGAAGAGAAGGAAACUCCAUGACUCUAGCACAAUGGGCACAAUGGGAUGAGAGAUGCCUUAUACCAGUGUAAAGGACCACCAUGUUUUGGGAUAUACUUUCUACUUUGAUGGUUUGUCUUAGUGCAGUAGGAAGUCUUGUCAAGGUGUUUAGCUAAUCUCAGUAGGGGCCAUGCAGUAUUCUCCAAGAUAGCAAACAAAUGAACAAAUUUGUUUCCCUAAAUGGUUUCACUUUUCUACUUAAAGCAGCGGAGCUCUCAGUUUUUGCCCCAAAGUUGAUUAUCCCCCUUCGUUAGAUGACGGAUUCUCAGUCUCUUCCUUGGAGGAUCUGGGAGGGAUUAUAGCUGCUACUUUCAAGAGCCUAAUAAAGUCAAGAAAACACAUGUUUGACCCUCCUUUUUUUGGGGGGGGGUAUUUAUAAUAACAGCAACAUCCUCAGAGAUACUUAAUUUGGUUUCAUGAUCAGUAAGGAAAGUAAAGGUAAAGGUAAAGGUACCCCUGACCGUUAGGUCCAGUCACAGAUAACUCUGGGGUUGUGGACUUAUCUCACUCUAUAGACCGAGGGAGCCGGCGUUCGUCUGCAGACAGUUUCCGGGUCAUGUGGCCAGCAUGACUAAGCCGCUUCUGGCGAACCAGAGCAGUGCACGGAAACAGUUUACCUUCCCGCCGGAGCAGUACCUAUUUAUCUACUUGCACUUUGGCGUGCUUUUGAACUGCUUGGUUGGCAGGAGCAGGGACUGAACGGGAGCUCACCCUAUCAUGGGGAUUCGAACCGCCGACCCUCUGAUUGGCAAGCCCUAGGCUCUGUGGUUUAGACCACAGCGCCCCCCAUGUCCCAAGUAAGGAAAGCAUUAGACCCCAAUUCACACUGCAAUUCUGAAAGAAAGGCAUAAAUAAAGGAGUAGAGCAGGGUGGAUAAUAUUUAUUCUUCACAGGAGACUGUGGAGACACACUUUGUAUAGUUACAGGCACAAAUCUUUCCCACAGUUUAUUUCCUCCUUCCCACCCAGUUGCUUUCCCAUUGGUUAGAGUAACUUCAGUUUCUAUCCUACCUCAAGGCAAUAGUUUUAAAAUACUGUACAAAAAAAGCUGAAUUAAUUGGCCAAUUAAAAAUAGGUUAUGCAAGCUAACACAUAUCAGGUUGCUUCUGUUGUUAUUGUUGCUGUUACUAUAUGUGGCACUUUUCAGAGUGUCUUAAGAAAAAAACCACCCUGUCCUCAUGGAGCUUACAAUCUAAAUGUUGACAGGACAGGAAACUAAGGAGAGGGGAGGCAAGUAAAGAAAGGGCAAUACCUACCACCAUAGUGUAGGAUCCUGCCCAGGUAAAUGGCUCCCAUGCCAUUAGUAGAAAGUGUGACUGGAUCGUGAAUGGAUGUUUCCCCAGAAACAUUGCAAGUUCUUGUUUGGCUUACUUUUAAAUGAGUAAGAUUAAUCCCUGUGAAAGAGUCUUUAAUAAGCUUGUAAAAAAGAAAGGAAUGUUAUUCAGCUCUGUGUAAAUUAUGUCCCAUUUAAAUGGUUACCCAUCAUGAGUCCUUAGGAUGGGGUGAAAUAGAAAUGAAAACAAAUACCGUAUUUUUCGCUCUAUAAGACGCACCAGACCACAAGACGCACCUUGGUUUUGGAGGAGGAAAACAAGAAAAAAAAUAUUCUGAAUCCCAGAAGCCAGAAGAGCAAGAGGGAUCGCUGCGCAGUGAAAGCAGCAACCCCCUCUUGCUGUUCUGGCUUCUGUGAUAGCUGCGCAGCCUGCAUUCGCUCCAUAAGACGCACACACAUUUCACCUUACUUUUUAGGAGGGAAAAAGUGAGUCUUAUAGAGCAAAAAAUACGGUACUUCCCCCCUCUGGAUUCUCACCAGAGAAUUAUGUGUCCUUCCUCCCUUUUAUGGUAGAGGAUUUCCAGCUCACUGCAGCCAGGAGCCUUCUCAAAGUGGUGGUGAAACGAUACUGGAAUGAACCCAACAUGACAAGACUGGAUGCUAAUCAGAAUGAGCCCCCAAAUUUCCCAGAGACUCCAGGUAAGCGGUAGGAGCUGUGUGUUCAAAAAAAGGAACAGCCACAGAGAUUUCUCUACCGCCGUCUCCAGCGAGUACCUGGAGAAGGUCCUGGAUGGGAGAGCAGAACAUGUGAUAAAUUGCCUUUCUCUUGAUAUUUUUGCUAAUGCCAUCAGUUGUGUUCUAGGGGAGACUAUUGAGAAGUGGCUAUGGACUACUUCCAAAAGUGUAGCCCCCUGGCUUUUUCUCUUAAGAUAUUUUUCACAGCUGAGUGAUCCUUCUCUUGUCUAUGGUUGAGUUGGUCUUCUCUGUUUAAGAAGAGAGAAUGGGGUAGAGGUGUUUGACAUGCAAAUGAACUUUCUUUUCAAUGGAGAUUAGAUAAGAAACUAAUUGAAGCAUGAGCUUGCUUCAAGUCUUCCAUGUGAAAAUGUCCUAAGAAAGAAGUGCUAUGGAGUUCUUUAUCUGAAGUGAGCUGGGUGGGUAGGUCUAGCUUUUAGGCUCUCCCAGAUCACUGAUCACUUUUUCCAAGUCAUUUUCCAACCACCACUCCUCAGUGUCCAGCCAGACCCUGACAACUGGGAAUCUGUUUGUUUGUAAAAAAAAGACCUAGGUCUCUGUUUGUGACUGGUUUUGUGUGUGUUGCUUUGAUUUCAGCCACUCCAAGUGUCCCUAUUUUUCAGGGACAGUCCUGGAUUUAUGGAAACCAUCCUGCUUUCUGAUUUGAUCCUGAAACGUCCCACUUUUCUUUAGGAUGUCCCUAUAUUCAUCAGAGAAAUGUUAGAGGAUAUGGAGUUAUGUGACUCCUGAACUGUCUGACGGCAGCCCUGUAUAGGGAAGUUUGUGUGUGUGUGUGUGUGUGUGUGUGUGUAAAUGUUGGAAGCCACCCAGAGUGGCUUGGGCAACCCAGUCAGACAGGUGGGGUAUAAAUAGUAAAAUUAUUAUUAUAAUUGAAUAGAAUGUCCCUAUUUUCAUGAGAGAAAUGUUGGAAGGUCUGAGAUUUACAGGGAGCAGCAUAAACAGUAUCUCAGGCAGUCUUGCUUUCUGUGCCUUGCAUAACUGGCUCAACAACCCUUCGUUUUCCAAAGUCAAGCAGUACACCAGCCGGAAGAAAGGGGUCCUGCUCUCAUCCCAGCUGAUUGAGACUGCGAUACAUGCCUGCGAGGAACACAUGAGCAGCUUGAGGCACCAGGACAUUGACAGAGAAUCUGGUUCUCCUUUGCUAAUGAAAAAGUCACACUGGGAAAAGUUUCUACAUGGCUACUACCAGCUAGCCCAGUAAGUAUAGGAGAUGCUGGAAUAUACCACACAGCAAAACCAUCUGUUCUUGAACCCAGAAAGCCCCAAUUUCAGAACUGGAUCUUUGUGCAAAUUUGUGUCCAUUUGCAUAGAGUGGAAUCCACCAAGUCGACUUUAACUUGGGCAAGGAGACUGCAUCUUCCGCUCGUCUCUCCACCCGGCUCUCAAAGCCCCCCCCAAAAAAAACUUUCUUUGAGGGUAUUCUGAAGGCUGGAGGUAGGCAGUGGGAGCUGAAAUAAUGUUGCACAAGUGGAAGUCCAUUCUGUUUAUGGACAGCAGCUGGGUGCAACCUGUUCUGUGUGUAUGUGCUCAUUUCCCUUUAGCAAUAUUUGUCGCCCCUCUUAAUUUUUUGCAGAAUCAUUUUAGGAAAGAAGGUUUGACGCACAUACAGAUUUUGCGUUUAGGGCGCUUGGUUUUGUAGCUUGCCCCUGACAAAAGAGGACACACUGGGCAGGACUGAACCACAAACUUUGUGUCGUUAUCUUCUCUGCAGCCCCUGCCUUUCUCCUUCCUCCUUGCUCUCUUCCUGCCCUUCCUCCCCCCUCUGAUCAUCCUUGGGAAUUGGGGUCAUGUGAUCACGAUGGCACGAGGGCAGCCUACAUAAACUCUGAAGGGACAAUCUUCUAACACAAACAGGGGAAUAAACUACACCUAUCAGGAUUACAGCAACUGGGUAUGUAGAGGAAGAUACAGGGACUUAAAGGGGAACUUGAGGGAAGGACUGGGGUUUGUAUUGUGUAAAGAAAUUUUUACUCCCUGACUACUGGAAGGUCCUGCCAGAUUAAACCGGGAUUUUUUCUAGGGGCAUUGAGUAGAAACUCCUUGAACACCUUUCAUUUCCUUCACAAUUGUGAGCCAGUGUGGUGUAGUGGUUAAGAGCGGUAGACUCGUAAUCUGGUGAACCGGGUUCGAUUCCCCACUCCUCCACAUGCAGCUGCUGGGUGACCUUGGGCCAGUCACACUUCUUUGAAGUCUCUCAGCCCCACUCACCUCACAGAGUGUUUGUUGUGGGGGAGGAAGGGAAAGGAGAAUGUUCGCCGCUUUGAGACUCCUUCGGGUAGUGAUAAAAUGGGAUAUCAAAUCCAAACUCCUCCUCCUCCACAAUUGUGAGAGCUGGAAAUGUUGCUCUAUUUUCAAACAAAAUUUUGCAGGAAUCAGCAGACUGAGAAGUGUCCAUGCAGAAAUUGGUUAUGUGAAUUGUGUUACGUGAAUUAGGCAGUUUUGCUCAUCUUUACAUGCUUAUGCUCUUAAUCUCUCUCUCUUUUUGUUUUUGCUUUGUUUUUAAUCAUCAAAAACUGGGGACGAUAAAUUUGAGGGCUAUGUCUGAAAGACUGAAGGGAAAUGACUGUCGGACCUGAGUAUGAAGGCCCUAGGCAUGGGAAACAAUGGAGAGAGGAAAGGAUUGCCGUUGGGUACUGAAAUCUGAGCCACCUGGAAGGUUCUCCCAGGUGCUCUAUAGCACCUGAGAUGUUGUGGUUGAAAAUGCUCACGUAUCCCAAGCCCAGGGAUGGGGAACCUACAGCCUACUUUAUGUUGUUAGGCUAAACGCCUAUGAGGUGGUAUCCCAUUGAAGUAGUUCCAUCAGCACAAGGACUUUCUUCUUUUCUUUUUUUUAAUAUUUAUUAAAGUUUCAAAAAAUACAAAAAAUACAGAAUACAAAAAGAAGAAGAAUAAAGAUUUUUUUUUUUAAUAUAACCAAAAAAAGUAAAAAAAUAUAUAUAUAAAAAGAAACAUACCAAAUAAACAGUUAAAAAGACAUUAAUUUUCCAUAACCUAUCUUCCCUAUACUUAUUUCCCCGGACCUCCUCAUACCUCCCUUUUUUGUAUUCCAGUUCAAUUUGUUAGUUCAGCAAAUCCUUACCAUUAAAAUUACCCAGUUGCAAACCUUCUUUCAUAUCUCUUAAAGUAUUACAGCUAAAAACCUCUUAGUUUCUAUCCAACAUCCUUCUAAAAUUCCUUAAUUUUACAAUAUCUCUGUAAAUAGUCUUUAAAUUUCUUCCAGUCUUCUUUCACCGACUCUUCUCUCUGGUCUUGGAUUCUGCCAGUCAUUUCCGCCAGUUCCAUGUAGUCAAUCACCUUCAUCUGCCAUUCUUCCCAGCACAAGGACUUUCUCUCCUCUCCUGCUUCCACACUGUCUCCACAUAUCCUCCAGAGGGUCGGGAUAACCCCAAGAACAGAUUUAGGGGGUGCAUAGGGGAAGGGGGGGAGUUCAUGAUGCAGCCAGAAGUUCUUACGCAAAUGGAACUAUGUUGUUGGAUACUGCCCACAAUCCCUCGACAUGUUGGCCAUGCUGGCUGUGGCUGAUCGGCGUUAGAGUCUAAUAAUAUCUAGAGAGCCAUGAGUUCCCUCUGCGACUGCAAGGGCUGUAAAUCUGUUAAUGGUGAAAUGGUCUAUUAGGAGGCCAUAUUCUGAGAUUUACCACUCGGUCAUAACCGUGCCAAUUUCUAAAUAAAGCUGUGGUUGAGUCCGAUAUACAGCUUGUUUCUAGAAUAGUUGCCUGUCCCAACCAAACAGAUGGUGCUGGCAGGAGAAUGGGUGGGGUCCUUGCCCUGAGUGUUUGUGUUUGCAGCGAGGGGGCACAGAUGGUGCAGACGGGUGCCCACGUCGAGCGGUGCGAAGACGUCCUUCAGCGACUGUCCAAGGUCGUCCCGCAGCUGGACAUGGAAGGGGACAGGAACAUAUGGAUUGUGAAGCCAGGAGCCAAGUCCCGGGGCAGAGGUGAGAGAAGUGGUGCUUUGAUAAUCCAAAAGAGCAUAUAAGGGGGAGCCUGGGGAAAGGGCUUGUUCACGCUGGGCUUCUUCCUGAGCAGCGGCACCCUGACCACAUCCCUAUUGUGCCCUUCUUGAGUUUGCUGUUCUUAAAAAAUCUGGGUUGCUAAGGCACUGUGCACAACUGGUGCAGCCCUCACCCAGCAGGCUUAGAGAGGAGAGGGUGUGCUUUCUUGACACCCAGCAGCUGAAACGUGAGGAGGGCUUUUUCGGCCUCUCUAUUGAGUUCACACAAUCAAAUGAGACAGUGAAGGCCGACUGAGAAGGGACUUGCUUACUGCAGUGAAUGCAGCCUGUCCUAGUGGCAGAUUGAGGUUGCUCAGAAUUAACCCCCAGCUAUGAAUCAGCCUUAUAGGGCGAGAGCCAAAGGGUUUGUUUACUCCCCCCCCCUUUUUCACUCCAAAAUGCUUUUCUUUUUUGUGUUGUGACUUUCAGAUCGUAAGCCCAAAGGCAGAUCCUUUCCUAUCGUUGACAUUUGUUAGCCUUUCUUAGGGUUGCCAUACAUCCAGAUUUCCUGGACAUAGCCAGUAUUCAGCCCUCAAGUGGAAAUGGCAGCCCGUGUCAGUAGUGUAGAUUUUGGUGAUUUUCACCGGUGUGGUGUAGUGGUUAAGAGCAGUGGACUCGUAAUCUGGGGAACCGGGUUCGUGUCUCCGCUCCUCCACAUGCAGCUGCUGGGUGACCUUGGGCCAGUCACACUUCUCUGAAGCCUCUCAGCCUCACUCACCUCACAGAGUGUUUGUUGUGGGGGAGGAAGGGAAAGGAGAGGAGAAUGUUAGCCGCUUUGAGACUCCUUCGGGUAGUGAUAAAGCGGGAUAUUAAAUCCAAACUCCUCCUCCUCUUCUUCUUCUUCUUUUUCAUUAAACUUUUGUGUCCAGAUUUUCACUUUUUUAAAUAAGGCAACCCUAGGCCCUUUCUGGAACCGUUUUUUGUUGUUGCUGCCAAAGAUAAAAAUGCAUUAUGUUAGUCCUGCCAUGACAACCUGAUGACCACCUGGUUAUGCAGGGCUCCUGAUCCUGGCAUGAUAUGACUGCCACCUUUGUGAGUUUCACAGCUACCCUAGAAGUUCUCUUUGUUGAGUGGAGGUUGGACACCAGUAACACAAAACAUGCACUUUGUGUCUCUUGCCAUCCCCGCUGCAUCGGCUGUGGAAAGGGUGUUGUCUACCUAGCUUGGCUUCUGCAGAAAGGGUGCCUGAGCUUUUCGCUUUGCUCUGAACUGCUCUGAUAGCAAGGAUGUGGGGAUGGAACGGACGUGGGUCUGUCAUGACCAUGAGGGCUUUUGUUUCUUUCCCAACAGGCAUCAUGUGCAUGGACCGCUUGGAGGACAUAGUGAAGCUAGUGGACUGCGACCCCAUGAUCGUAAAGGACGGCAAGUGGGUGGUGCAGAAAUACAUUGAGACGCCCCUGCUCAUCUUUGGCACCAAGUUUGAUCUGCGCCAGUGGUUCCUGGUGACCGACUGGAACCCACUGACCAUCUGGUUCUACCAGCAUAGCUACAUCCGCUUCUCCACGCAGCCCUUUUCCCUGCACAAACUGGACACGUGAGUGUUGCAUUGCUUAUCUUCUCCACAGCUGGAUAUAGCUUUAUGUUUGUGGUUAGUGUGUGUGUGUGUGUGAGAGAGAGAGAGAGAGAGAUAGAGGGAUGCUGCUGCUUUGUGAAGACUUUGUUCUGUGCAUGCCACUCACAGUCUUAAAUAGUCUCGUCGAUGUCCCAUGAGGACCGCAGAGCCACAGAAGAGCAUCUGCCUUGCAUGCAGAAUGGUCUCAGGCUUAUGCACUGGCAUCUCCAGGUAGGACUGAGGAUCUCUCCAGCCUGAAUCCCUGGAGAGCUGCUGCCAGUCUGUGCUGACAAUACUGAGCUAGGUGGACCUAGGACUCUGACAAACUGGAACGUGUCCAGAGGAGGGCAACCAAAAUGGUCAAAGGCCUGGAAACGAUGCCUUAUGAGGAACAGCUAAGGGAGCUGGGCAUGUUUAGCCUGGAGAAGAAGAGGUUAAGGGGUGAUAUGAUAGCCAUGUUCAAAUAUAUAAAAGGAUGUCACAUAGAGGAGGGAGAAAGGUUGUUUUCUGCUGCUCCAGAGAAGCGGACACGGAGCAAUGGAUCCAAACUACAAGAAAGAAGAUUCCACCUAAACAUUAGGAAGAACUUCCUGACAGUAAGAGCUGUUCGACAGUGGAAUUUGCUGCCAAGGAGUGUGGUGGAGUCUCCUUCUUUGGAGGUCUUUAAGCAGAGGCUUGACAACCAUAUGUCAGGAGUGCUCUGAUGGUGUUUCCUGCUUGGCAGGGGGUUGGACUCGAUGGCCCUUGUGGUCUCUUUCAACUCUAUGAUUCUAUGAUUCUAUGAUUCUAUGACCAUAGGCGCUCUUCUAAAUUCUGCAGGAUCAUCCCAGUUACAGUGGUACCUCAGGUUACAUACGCUUCAGGUUACAGACUCCGCUAACCCAGAAAUAGUGCUUCAGGUUAAGAACUUUGCUUCAGGAUGAGAACAGAAAUCGGGCUCCGGCGGCGCGGCAGCAGCGGGAGGCCCCAUUAGCUAAAGUGGUGCUUCAGGUUAAGAACAGUUUCAGGUUAAGUACGGACCUCCGGAACCAAUUAAGUACUUAACUUGAGGUACCACUGUAUUAUUCCCGGGUAAAUAGUUUGUGAACUACAGCUCUGACCAUUUAAGCAGAUUACAGACCUGCCUGAAACCUUGCGAAGCUCCAUAUAUGUUUUCUAUGUGGGAGUUUUAAUUCUCUCUUGAUAAGGCACCUUUUGAGGGCAAUGUGCCCUGACAAGCAGGUGAGAAAUCUGUUGCGUGAAAUUAAAUAAAUCAGCGCUCUCGUGCAGACCAGCGUGCUCUGUAAACAUUGCCAAAGCAACUUGACCAGCUUAAUGUAACCGGGGAAAGGCAUCUGACGGUAGCUGGCCGCUGAAUAUCUUGGAGAGCCCCAAGAGAGGGCAGCUGAGGGUGGAGAAGAAAUGGAGGGUGGGAGAAAGGAAAAAAGAACUGGUGGUGGAGGAGUGAAUAUCUUGUAUGAGCAUGAAAAAGGAGUUGGGAGCCCGGGUGUGGUUGUAGUAAUAAGGAGAGAGUGUUUCGGGGAGGGAUGAAGAUAGGACUUGUUCAGAGAGCCACAAGGGCGCUGUGGGGCUAAAGUAGAGGGAGAUGAGGUUUUUGGGGAAGGGAGAAUGCAGAGCAAAGCAGAGCAGUCAUGCCUUGAGCUUUGCUGGAGCCUAGCAGGGGAGAAAUGCCCAAGAAGUACUGUGGUUACCACACUGGUAAGUCAGCCGUCGUGGGCAGAGCUCUUGUGAACAGGGCUUCUUUAGAAUGCAGAAUGAGGCUUCUUGACAGCAGCACGUACAGGGAAGAAGUAUCUGAAAUAUACUCGGAGUCGAGAGUGGAUUUCAUUGCUCUUUAUUCAGCUCAUAGUGGGAGGAGGAAUGAAAGUUCUCCCAAAGUAUCUGCUUUAUAUAUAUUCUUUACACAAUGGGCUGCACAUGCUUGGCUAAUUCCGGAAUUCUCCUGUAGGCCAAUCAGGUUGCAGAUUCACUUCCACCUGGAGCUGGAUUGGGUGGCUCCUGCAGACCAAUCAUACUGCUGCAUUGUUCUAGGACCAAUCAGACUGCUGCAUUCUGAAUCCUAUUUUUCUAGGACCAAUCAGACUGCUGCAUUUUGGAUCCUAUUGUUCUAGGACCAAUCAGACUGCUGCAUUUUGGAUCCUAUUCAACUCAGUACAUAACAGUAUCCCUGAUCACCAUAGAUGGGAAGGAGUUCAGAAUGGGGAGCAGCUCAGUGGGCAAGCCUCUGUUUUGCAUGAAGAAGGUGCCAUGUUCAGUCCCCAGAAUCUCCUGGUAAGGCUGGGAAAGCCUCCUUUCCAAAAUCCUUGAGUGCCACUGCACUCUUGCCCCUAUAGAUGACGCUGAGCUAGAUGGGCUGAUUUCCUGUGUUCCUAUUGUGGCUUAGCAGGGAUGGAACACACACCUCCCGGGUCCCAAUCCUGUAUUGUUGCCCGAUGCACCUAACCUCUGCCCCUUGUGGACUGAUCUUACCCUCCUCUCCAACCCAGCUCCAUCCACCUGUGCAACAACUCCAUCCAGAAGCACUACGAGAACUCGUUGAACCGCCACUCUGAGCUCCCCCGCGACAACAUGUGGUCGUCCGAGCAGUUCCAGGCCCACCUGCGACAGAUGGGAGCCCCCGAGGCGUGGUCCACAGUGAUUGUGCCCGGCAUGAAGGCCGCGAUCAUUCACGCCAUGCAGACCUCGCAGGACUUGGUGGAAUUCCGCAAAAACAGCUUUGAGCUCUACGGCGCAGACUUCCUCUUUGGAGAAGAUUACCAGCCGUGGCUGAUUGAGAUCAAUGCCAGCCCCACCAUGGCAGCCUCCACUGCCAUCACUACCCGCCUUUGCGCCAGCGUGCAGGAGGACACCUUGCGUGUGGUCAUCGAUCGCAAGUACGACCGCAACUGCAACACGGGAGAUUUUGAGCUCAUCUACAAACAGGUUAGUGCACAGGGCCCAGCUGCCUUAGCCUCAGGGACUGGGAUUAGCUGCUUGGAUAAAGCAUCUCCCCAGUCUGCCUUAUUUGCCUUGCACUGGCUCUGCCCCCCUUUCCUUUGGGUUCUUGCUCUGCCACCAUCUGGUGGCCUUCAAUGCAGAUGGCUCAUCCUUUCUGCACUGAGGGUUUGCAGGCUGAUUAGGUGCCUGAGGAGCCAGCUGGCAGGAAUGGCCAACAGAAAGCUAAGGGCGCUCAUUCAGAGCUGUCUCCAGUGCCUCAUGGAAUGGGACAGGACCUCAAAGCAGGCCUGAGUUUCUUCUCUAUGGAGUGUGCCUUGAUUGGUUGGGAGGUGGCACCACACACAGACUUCUCCUUUCUUCCUAUAUAUAUAGAAACCUAAGGCUGUUGUCAUGCUUUGCAGUUCACGUGGCCACCAGGAGGUGACCAUGCCAACUCCAGUAUGACGAACACAGGCAGGAGAGCAAGGAAGCACUGCUGGUGGCAGCUCAGGAAGGAAGGAGAGGCACUUCACAGAGCGGUUUAGCAAGCUGUUAUGAAGCAUCUCUUGCCCUCUGUUGAAAGGCGUUUGGGGUUGGGAUGCACUGUGAGGGGAGGAGCAGUGUAAAGAGAGUGGGGCUUGGUCAGGUGUGGAAGAAGGGCAGCUGGCAAAGGGGUUGGUGGACAGGCCGGGUGAGUGGAGUUGCUAGUCUAGUUGCUAGUCCAACCCCCUGCAGUGCAGAAAUCUCAUGCUCUUCCUACUGAGCCUUCCAGAUUGGAAGCAGACACUGUUCUGAAUGCACCUCCUGCAGAACUGCAGUGGAUGGUCUCCUCUGGGUCAUUCUGGUGUGGCUUUGCAUCAGGUGGAGUUGGAUCAUUCCUACACUCUGGUGCAGAAACGCUCCAGAAUUACCUAUUCCUGGAGGGGGCUUAUGGGAAGGAGCAUCACAGAACCCUUUUUAACAAUUCGGUUUUUUGAAAGCACCCUAGUGGUUCUCUGGAGACACGCUGUAGCAUGUAUGCAGGCACAAUUUAGGAACAGCUUCUUUGGGCCUCCUCUGCACCAGACACAGAUGGAUCCUGGGGACCAUUUCUGCUUGAUAACAACAACAACAACAAUUUAUUAUUUAUACCCAUAGCUGUCAACUUUUCCCUUUUCUUGCAAAGUAUCCUAUUCGGAAUAAGGGAAUUUCCCUUACAAAAAGGGAAAAGUUGACAGCUAUGUUUAUACCCUGCCCAUCUGGCUGAGUUUCCCCAGCCACUCUGGGCGGCUCCCAACAGAAUAUUAAAAACACAAUAAAACAUCAAACAUUAACAACUUCCCUAAACAGGGCUGCCUUCAGAUGUCUUCUAAAAGCUAGAUAGUUGUUGUAUUUCCUUGACAUCUGAUGGGAGGAUGUUCCACAGGGCGGGCACCACUAUCGAGAAGGCCCUCUGCCUGGUUCCCUGUAACCUCUCUUCUCGCAGUGAGGGAACCACCAGAAGGCCCUCGGAGCUGGACCUCAGUGUCCAGUGAUGAAACCAUAUCCCCGAAGCCCCGUCUCAGGAUAUCUCUCCAGCCUUGUGGCAGCUUUGCAAGCCAGGGCCGACGAGAAUCCCUGCUGCCCUGCCCCUCUGAGCUCGAGGGGUGCUCAGCAGCCUCACCCUGUUUCCCUCAUCUCCCCACAGGCAGCUGUGGAAAUCCCUCAGUACGUUGGCACUAGCCUUUUGGUAGAAGGCUCCACCGUCAAGAGGCCUCCGCUCCAGAGAAGCCCCGUGCCCAGCGACGCCAGGAACAGCAGUGGGCUGCAGCCACCCAAGCCCAAGCUGAUUUACCGGCGCAGUAACCAGGAUACUCCACGAGCCCCCACCCCGUGCUGGGCGUCCGCCAACGGCAAGGCGACCGAGCCUGCGGCUCCUGGGAAGGAGAACAAAGCCCGGGAGAAGGCGCCCGGCAGCAAGGUCCCCGAUUCGACGUCCGCAAGGUUCAAGCUGCCCAGCAAGCUCAACGUAGACCCCCGCAACCGGAAAGUGCUGAUGGCCCAUGGCAUGGCUACCACCACGGUCGUCCCGGGGGGCAAGUUGUCCGGCCCGGCUCAGCUCUGUGCCACGUCCAGCUCCCAGAGCCUAGCUCCCCAGGAGACCGCCCUCCACCAGGCCAAGGAUCCCAAAGGCGCCGUCGCGGUGGCUCCGGUGCCCAGCAAGGCAGCCCCGAUGCCAGGUAGGGAGCUGUGGCUGAAGAUGCGGUCGCAGGAAAUGGGUUCUCUCCCCCUCUCUCCUGACCUGGCGGCCUCUCGCGCUCCCUUCUCUGCCACCCACCCCGUGAGGCUCAGGGUGCAGCAGCACCUGCGGAACUUGAUGCACAGCAUACCUGUGCCCCCAAAUCCCCCGUCCCCCCCGGGCAUGGAUUUAGCUUCGGCCACCGAACUCACUGCCAUCAGAGCGUCUAUGAUCAGGAGGCGGCAGCAGAGGGAGGGCAGGAGCCCCCAUUGACCCAGGAGCAGCCCUCGUUCGGGGCUUGUCGCCGCAGGCAGGAAUCAUGCUACAUAUAUAUAAAUAGAUAUAUAUAUUUAUAGGGUCUGGGCAGCACUUCUCAACGUGGGGUUGUAUGGAGAGGGAAUCAUGUUUUCUUAAGAGCUAGACUCUCCAUUCCAAUAAAGGACUUUAAAGGAACGUUGGCCACAGUGUGUGAUGGCAGGGAGUGGGCCAGAGGAGGAGGUCGGAUGAACCGCCUUUGGCAUUUGUGUGGAGGGCAAAACUAAGGCUCCGUUUGCUAGGGGCAAGGCGGGCAGGGAAGUGCUAGGAGUCAAGAGCAACGCAGGGACUAAGGGAGGUGGAGAGAAACCAUGAUACAAAGGGAAGAACUUUGUAUCCUGGUUCUCAGAACCUUCUUUGCCUCUCGGGUGUCCUUGGAAUCAAACAGUUUCCCACGAGUGUACAGUGGUACCUUGGAAGUCAAACAGAAUCCGUUCUGGAAGUCCGUUCGACUUCCAAAACAUUCAGAAACCAAAGCGUGGCAGCCAAUCAGAAGCCCCAUCGGACGUUCAGGUUCCAAAGAACAUUUGCAAAGCAGAACACUCACUUCUGGGUUUCUGGUGUUUGGGAGCCAUAAUGUCCGAGUACCAAGGCGUUUGGGAUCUAAGGUACGACUGUAUUUAGGAUCAUUUGCCUUCUUUGAAAUGGAUGUUUUGGGACGGGCCAUACCCACAAUGGCAGCCAUUUGGCAAAUGGGUCCUCCCCUUACCCCCCUGUCGGCAGCCAUCUUGUUUCUUUCUCAGUACAUUCCCAAUGUGCCCCCCAGAACCCAAAAGUUGGCGACCCCUGAUGUAGGGAUUGCUUGGUUCCAAGCCCACUGGAACAGAGCGGGCUGAAUCUCAGACAGAGGAAAUUAUGUGACUCGAGAGAUCAGAAGCAUGUGGGAUUUAGGCAAGGAGGUCCAAAAGGCUAGCCUAUGGGCAUGCAAGCAGGUUGCCCAAACAGCCAGUUGAACAACCCUGCCUUGUGAUCCACAGCCAAGCUCUGCAGUAUACGACAUAUACUCCUCCCAAGUCUCUGCCUGGCUAGCCGUCCUCCCUACCUUGCUACUGAUUUGUCUGCUACUGUGCUGUUGUUUUUGUCCCUGCCAUUUGGGUGGCAUUGUGAAACAACGGAGGAGGAGGAGGAGUGGUACUUGACUCCCCUCCUCCCUGUGGUUCUUUGUCUUCAUUCUCAAUGCAUCAGCACACUUCUUGCCCGUUCGUCAAACUUUUAUGGUCAAGGAACCACCCAUCUGGUUGAAUUUAGUAGGAAUGUACAACAGUAUAUACCAAAUAUUUCUUCAAGGACUGAAGCAGAAUGCAUGAAUAAGCCACUGACUAGCAAAAUUCAGGUGACCAAACUGAGGUGGUAUGGGAACAGAAUGCUGAACUUAGAUGGGCCCCGAUCCAGCAGGCUCCUCUUGUGUUCAUAAGCUAAGCACGGGUGCAAGGUAUUCCAUUAACAUGAUCCUAAAUAUCAUUCAUGGUUAGGGAUGCUCUUUAAUGCAAAAAAAAAUAAAAAAAUAAAAAUAAAGCUGGCCCUUUUCACUCUAAUGAAAUUCCUUAUCAUCACAAUGGACUCCUGCUUCUGAAUUCUCCCCCCAGCAUAUCCUUCUUGAGGCAUUCAUUGUUUUUGUGUGUUACAAUCAUGAAAGAUACAUGCAAGCCCCUCUCCCUGCUGGAAGUCACAGUCCUCUUAUCAAUAGCCCUCCAUGAGUUAAAGGAUAUUUUCCAGAAGCAGGCAGUUCGCCAUAUAAAAACUGGGGGUUGUAUUAAACUUUUACUUAAAAGUUGGGCUGGAUCCAACUAAGUAGCUCUGCUAUUGAUAGCCAGUGCAAGGACUCCGGCUAGCACAUUGGGACUCCCCCCACAACCCUCCCCCAGCAAAAUCAGCUGGGGGUGUGUUUGGUUGGGACCACCCCAGAACAGCACAUGGGGGGGGGGGGAGUCAUUCUGUCAAGCAAACAGAAAUGUUUGCACUUCCAAAAGGUUUGUUUUAGCGUGAUGUUGAAUUCCUCCCAUUGAAAUUAAUGGCCAUUGCUAAUGUAGGUCCGUUAAUUUCAAUGGAUCCACUCUGAGUAUAAUUGAGUAUAACGCACAGAACUGGAAUGUACUGGAAAGGGUAGAGUUUGCCAUUGGGCCCUCGUAGCCUCUUAAAAUAAUCGGUCAAAUAGGUUUUGUGCCUCCGAGGCCAUUGUAGGCUUGCCAGUCUUCUUUAAAAAUACCCUUUGCCUUUAACACUUGUAUGAUGGACUGAAUCCAACAGGUGAAACUUGCCUUGUCACUGAAUUUCCAUUCCAAGGGAAUGCCUGUGUCUUUAACAGUUGCAUGACAGGCCAGAACUGAUAACAGUAUACAGCACUGGUGUGUACAAAGUACACACCCACUAUUCUUCAUGUGCACAACAGAGAGGUGUGAGCAGACCUGGAACACAGGGGAAUGUUAAGGUUUGCAAACAUGCAAAAAAUUAUAUAUGUAGCUUUGCUCAGCCCAUAAAACACCAUGGAGACAGUUGGACUCUCUCGUUUUCAUCAGACGCCAGCCUCCUUCAAAGCUCUUGCCAAAAGUAUUGCUUCCUUUCACCGUGUGUUGUGCAUUUAAGCUCAUUAGUGGCCUAGAUUCGAGGCAAUUCAUCCCUGAGGAGGGCUCAAGGCUCACAGGUUGAGAUGAGUGUGUCUUUCAGCCCACAGGUUCUCAGUCAGGUGCCUGUCCACUGUGGUGGGCCUCUUCCAUGGUGUAUAUGGUAUGUUGUGGCAUGUCCAUGUCUCCCUGCAUUGACUGCUGCUUCUUGAGCCUUGGCUUUGGGGCCUGCGAGUGGCUGUUGGGGUUAAAGUGCCGUGAGUUUUGCAUGGGCUCGUUUCUUCCCUUCCUUUCCCCUGCUGUUGCAAAAGGAGCUGGGCCAGGGCUUUCCUCUCAUUUUGGAGGCCGUUGCACAAUUCUGUUUUGGGUUGUUGUUGUUUUUGCUUUCUGCCAAUGGCUAAAAAGCGGCCAUCCGUCUGCGCGGAAGGGGCGCUCUUUUUAGAACGUUUUAGAGCUUUCCGGGGUCUCUCAGCAUCAAGGCAACGUGCUCUAUUAUUGGUUCCUCCCCAGGCCUGGCUGCAAUUCACAAGCUCCCCCGCCUCUUCUGCAACGGAAAGGCCAUGGCAAGUUGGCAAGUGCUGUGCGGCUCCAGAGCUGGGCCUCGGCGGCGGCUUCCCAGAACUCCCAAAUUCUUCUACCGCAAGGUGGUCAUCUCAUGCCAGGCUCAGGUAUACACCGAGUCCCUGAGUGCUCACGGGACCACACUCCUGCCCCGAGAAGCCCCACUGACCAGCAUCGCCCCUCUCUGCCUGCUUCCUUCUGCAUCUCCAUCCUUGGAGGCUGUCGAAAGCUGCUUCCCUCUGUAGAACACAUCUUGCAGCUUUGAGCAGGAGCCAAGAGGUCACCCCACACACCCCACACCUCCUCUUUGGACAUGCUUCCCCCCUCCCAGUCCAGUAACCACUGAUCCUUCCCUCACCCAUAUGUCUAGGAUGUGCAACACCUGCCACCCCAGGUACCAGCUUUUGAAAAUCAGAUGUCUGUAUUGCCUCCAGUGGGGGAAAAAGGAGACUAUGAAACCACAUGCAAUAACUCCGCCGCGGCAGGCGACUCGAUGCCGUCGGGCUUGGUAAAAAUUUGAGGAGGAACUCUGGGAGAGUUGCACGUAGAAAUCCACUUUGGGCUUGGAACUUUGAGAAGACCUCUAGUGGGUCGUGCGGCGCCCGAAUCAAUUGUCUAUAGAUUCUAAAGACGACCGGGUCUCUCUUCUGCUUCCCCGAAACAACCGCCAGGCUGCAGAAUUAGGUUGCUCCUAGGCUCUUCCCCAUCACACGAUUGAUAACUUUUGGAAAUCUUCCAACCAUUGAUGUGAAAAAUGGAGCACCCUGGGAGACCCAGCAGAAGGCGAGAGUUGCAAAGCCAUGGAGAAAGAAGAUCAAAACUGCUGAGAGCAAAAGAGACCCAUUAGGUCAUUGGAGGGCUCUAUCUCACAUGCUAAAACAAAGAACCAUGCUUGCUGCCCUCUGCCUUUGUCAGUCCUUAACCCAGGGAUCAGCAUCCGGUGUGUCCGGAGCACAACAGGGCUCCCUGAAUCUGACCACUAACCAGCGCCCACGGCUGCCUAUUCGGAGGCAAGAGUAUAUGUGCAGAGGAAUUUAAGGUUCACGAAGCUGGGGGACAGCUAGGUACCAUCUAUCAUGUCCUCAAAAUAGCUUCCCAGUAAAUACUAAUUGCUAACCAGGGCAUUAAACAUGGAUGAUAACCUGGCCAGCUUUUAAGUAACCAGCCUGUAAAUGCACAAUUGUCUCUGACAAUGAGAGAUUCGGUGUAAAAAUAGGUGGUGGAGAAACAAGAGAAAUAUUGGCUUUAAUACCAGUACAGUCGUACCUUGGAAGUUGAACGGAAUCCGUUCCGGAAGUCGGUUCGACUUCCAAAGCGCGGCUUCUGAUUGGCUGCAGGAGCGUCCUGCAGACAAUCGGAAGCCGCGCCAGAUGUUCGGCUUCUGAAAAUCGUUCGAAAACCGGAACAAUCACUUCCAGGUUUUCGAUUGUUCGGGAGCCGAAACGUUCGAGUUCAAAGGCAUUCAGCUUCCGAGGUUCCACUGUAUAGGAAUUUCCAGUGCUAUUUUUCUAGAAAAAAGAGGUGCCGGAACUUACCAUGAAUGCCUCCAUUGUUCUCUUAGAAAGGCAAUGGUGAGAGGUGCUGGAACCAGGUUCCAGCGAGUUCAUGCUGAAAAAAAGCCCUGAAAAUUUCUUUGGAAAUUUCUUUAAAAAAGGCUUCUAGGAACGGAUGCUGGGUGCUGGGUUAUGUUUUUAGCAUUUAAAUACAUACAUUUUGUGUGAAAUUACUGAUCUAGGGCACAGGUUCCCAUAGGCCCCAUUAUAAAAGUAAUAAUCUUGCAGUAGGUUUCAGGUAAGAUUGUCAAUUGUGACUCUUCCAACACCAGUGGUGCUCGUGUGAUUUUUACAGCUACCAGACCAUCAAAUUCAGCAGAUGGUACUCCCGUCCCCCAAUCAGUGAAAUUUAAAAAACAAAAAUGAGCUCUGCUGGAUCAUACCAAAGGCCUGUCUAGUCCAGCAUUCUGUUCUCACUGUGGCAAACCAGUUGCCACCAACCCAAACAAGACACGAGGGCAACAGCCCAUCUCCAGCUUGCAGUCAGUGGCAACUGGUACUCAGAGACACAGAGCUAGCGAGACCAUCCAUCAAUUUGUCUCAUCACAUUAAUCCAGAGAAACUUUCUCCUCUUGAAUUCUUGCUAGUCAGACAGGGUGGGGGGAGGCAAACCCAACCUUUGGCUAAAAGAUGCUCUGUUUAACAUACCAGGUUUUGGAAAUUCUUCCCUGACAGAAGGCAGAAACAAGAGAGAUAGUCAUAAUUUGUGUGUCGAGUCUACUGUGGAAGCAAGCACCGCAUUUCAGACAAAUGUACAGGCCUCUUGUUCCUUACGUUUGCACUAGGCGUUAGAUCGGUACAGCACCGCCUGGUUGGUUCUUGUGUAGAUUAGCAAAACCGCCACCCUACAUUUUUAGAGCAAUCAAACUGCUGCAUUAGCCACACCAAAGUGGUUUCCCUGGGGUACAAGCCUGGGCAGUGAAUAUGGAGGUUCUGGGCUGCCAGACAAACAGGACUCCAUCCUUGGCCACGCUGAUGCGUUCCAAAGGAAAGCAGAGCCGUACAUUGGCACCAGCUUGGCUGCAAGAGUUACCAGAAGGUGUUGUACAAGGCACCACCCAACCCACUUAGGGACUUCACUCUGGAUUUGUGUAGGGUUUACUCCUUAGCCUUUUCUUCUCCUAAAGAUAUCCCGCCAGGCAGAGGUGGUUUAGGUUCAGUGUUUUCCUUCUCCUAGAUGGGCUGCCUUCAGGGUUCAAGAACAACCCCACCCAAGAGAACAGAGGCUCUUCUGGGCUGCCAAUAGCAGCCUGAAUCUUUUUUUAAAAAAAAUAAAUAAAUCCUGGCUGUAGAAAAAGGAAAUAGCUAUUUUAUAGGAUUAGGAGGCAUUUCAUACUUGGCUUGGCGGUGCAGAGAGGGCAAUAUGCUUCUCUACUGAUGCCCUGCCUUCUUUCCUCUCCGCUCAUAAAACUCUCUGGCCAGUCUUUGCUUCACUUCCUGAAAUUCAGUUCCCCGCGUGGUUUUUUAGAGUCACACUGGGGCAUUAACAAGGAGGCAAAAUUCAGGACUGUUAUCUUUAUAUAUAAAAAUCAUGGUGAGCGUACUGCUAGUGAAAUUUGAGGUGUGGAUUUGGGACUGGGUCCAGCCUUUGUUCUUCCUGUGCACCCCACCUGAACUUACCGUAGCUCCUGCUUUUGUUCCCUCCUUCCUCUCCACAAAACAUUGCUGCCACCUCCACAAUCUCCUUACCCUGCCACCAGGCUUUAGGAGCAACAAAAUGGUGCCUGGCAGCUGGCGGAUUCACAUUCGUUUCUUCAGAGGGGAUAAAACUGUUGGUGCCACCGUGACUCUUCUGUUCCGGAAAACGGGGCAUUAACCCCCCCCCCUUCCGCUCCUGGAAUUCCCAAUGUCGGUUUUUACCCAAUUAACUGUGUUCCAGGUUGCAGCCCAGUUACAUUCGUCAUAUAGAACUCAGUGGGAAAAUUCAAAGCCGGCUCUCUUUCCCUGCUGGGUUCUGCUAAAUACAGUGCAACACAAUUCUGGGAACUGACAUGCGGAGGGAGGAAAAGCCAAGAGCGGCACUUCAGCCUAUCACUCCCAUGGCCAAUGCAAAGCACCUGAAAGCUCAUUAAUUUACCGCGUAGUACCAAUGCAGGCUUUGUUAAAUGCCUGCCUUUGAGGGGGGUGGGGAAUAGGUGUGUUAGAUGGCUCGUGGAUUCUGGGUGUAUGUGCAAAAGGAAAUGUUUUAAUAACCACACAGUUUGAGUUUAUAGAUCCCAUAGCCUUCUAGCAGGUCUCUCCCAUGGUUUCAGCUCGAAGUGGCGCUAGAAAUGAAGACAUUAGUUCCUUGUUCUAGGAAAGGGGUGACUGAUUCCAGCGGCUGCAGUCCAUCAAUUCACAUCACAGUGGCCAUGCCAGCUGGGCUCCAACAUCGGGAGAGCCACAGAUUCCCUGUUCUAGGACGUGGCUUGGCUCCUUAUGGCCUCUCCUCCAUGCUGAGGUUCCAUCCUCCUGUAUGAAGCUCUACACAACAGACCGCCUCUGCUCAUGCCAUGACGGUCUCAGUGAGCAGGUUUGGAGCAGCUGCUGGCUAGCAUUGUUCUUGUAUUAAAAGGAGAUGGGAGAGAAAGGGAAGGAGACCACAGCUUAGUGGCAAAACAUAUGCUUGGCAUGCAGAAUGCCCCAUGUUCAAUCCCUAGCAUUGCUAGUUAAGGGAUUUCAAGUAGAAAGGUUGGGGUCAGAUUUUUCUUGAGACCUUGAAGAGUCAUUGACAGUCACCAUAGUCAGUAUUGGGCUAGAUGAACAGAUUUAGUUUGACUUUGAAAUAAAGGAAUCUUCCUAUGAGAGUAUUCUGGGUGGCUCUCCUCUGGAAAUCCACCUGAAUCUUACCACCUUCUGGAAGAUUUUUUUUAAAAAUUACUUUUAUUAUUCCAUAUAUUUAUCUAGGCUUUGGUUAUCUAGUUGUGCCGUAUCUUUUUGUUACAAUACAAAAGCAUGCUAUAAUUUGUUUUUACCUUGUUCUUACUCAAGCUUAAGGUUUUCAUUUAAACAAACAAAAACACAGCCCUGUUCCCAUACUUGCCAGCAGCCUGAGACAGAGUCAUGUAGCACGUAAACCUUUUUCUCAUAUACAGAGGGGCAGGAAAAGCUCCAUCUGUUAUAUUUCAAUAUGUCAGACGGCCAUUAAAGCAAGCAUGGGGAAAUAUGUGGUCCUCCAAAUGUUAUGACUUCAGCUCCCAUAAGCCCCAGCCAUAGUAGCCAAUGGUUGAGGGUGAUGGGAGCUGGAGUCUACCAAAUUCUCCGGGGCCACAGAUUCCUUCUCAACCCCACUGCUACUCCUGCCAUUAAGGGGCAAUGACAGUAAAAAAGCGAGUGGCAAUUCCAUCCACUCUCCAAACGCAAUGAUUAAAGGCAGGAAGUGGAAGCUUUGAUGCAUCUCUUUUGUUACUCAUUGUUCCUAAACCACUGAAGAGAACCAAGAAUACAAGUUUUGUGCAGUUGUGUUUGACAUUUGUACAGCUUUCCUUGGCGAGUCUGUUUUUAAAAAAAUAUUCUUUACGUCGAUGGUAUCUUGCUGGUGGAGUGGGUUUGUGGAUUGCAGUUUGUGAAAGAGAAAUAAAACUUCUACCUUUGGAGUCUGA